GAGACCUCACCACCACCGCCGCCGCCGUCGCCAGCUCUCAUCCGCUAGCGCCGCCCGUCCGUCCUAGAAAAGGCCAGGACUUUAUCGCCGCCGGCGGCGCCGCAGGGAUGGCGGAGGACACGGAGACGAGGCCCGCGUCGGCGGGCGCGGAGGAGAGGGAGGAGGGGGAGAUCGCGGACGACGGAGACGGGUCCGCGGCGGCGGCGGCCGGGCGCGUCAGCGCCCACCCUCUGGAGAACGCCUGGACCUUCUGGUUCGACAACCCGCAGGGCAAGUCCCGGGCGGUGGCCUGGGGGAGCACCAUCCACCCCAUCCACACCUUCUCCACCGUCGAGGACUUCUGGAGCCUUUACAACAAUAUUCAUCACCCUAGCAAGUUGAAUGUUGGAGCCGACUUCCAUUGCUUCAAGGAUAAGAUUGAGCCAAAAUGGGAAGACCCCAUUUGUGCCAAUGGCGGUAAAUGGACCAUCAGUUGUGGCAAAGGGAAAUCUGACACAUUUUGGUUGCAUACUUUGCUGGCAUUGAUUGGUGAACAAUUCGACUUUGGUGAUGAAAUUUGCGGAGCAGUCGUCAGCGUGCGUAAGAACCAGGAAAGAGUAGCUAUCUGGACUAAAAAUGCUGCCAAUGAAACUGCUCAGAUAAGCAUCGGUAAGCAGUGGAAGGAGUUUCUGGACUACAAGGACUCCAUUGGAUUCGUCGUUCAUGAGGAUGCUAAGAGGUCCGACAAAGGCGCCAAGAACCGCUACACGGUUUGAUCCUGGGAGCUUCCAAGGCAGGCCCGCCUACUCUUGGAUGCAAGAAAGCUUCUCAUGGAAUAGCUUUAGCUUGUAGCGGGUGGAUGCUGUUUCCCGAAGGAUAUAUUACAUGUGUUGCUGUGAAUUGCUUCAAAGACAUGAUCUAACAUAUUUGUGUUUGUCGUCGUUGUACUCCAUAAGUCUCAUUUUAUUCUAUGAUGAGAAGCAUAACUUGUUUUA